AUGGCGCAAGACAAGACCGAAGUACCGGUCGAGGAAGCCGGCGAGCAUCCCGCCCACACGAAGAUCCCAUACUGGCGCAUAGUCUACGACCAAGCAGGGAUCACGCCAGAAGUAGCCGCCCAUCCAUACUCAGGGUCGGGGACCGAAGCCGACCCUUUCUUGGUGCAAUGGAUUCCCCACGACCCCAGAAACCCUAUGUUGUUCAGCAAGACGACCAAAUGGUUUAUUACCAUGAUGGUCUCCUUGACCACGUUGGCGGUGGCCCUCCUUUCCUCCGCCUACACGGGUGGUAUACGCCAGAUAAUCGAGGAGUUCGGGGUCUCCCAGGAAGUCGCGACGUUGGGCGUCUCCCUUUUCGUGCUGGGGUUUGCCAUCGGCCCACUACUCUGGGCGCCACUCAGUGAACUGUUUGGGCGCCAGUCGCUGUUCUUCGGCACCUAUGCCGUCCUGACGGCCUUCAACGCCGGCUGCGCCGGAGCGGACUCGGCCACAACGCUCCUCGUCCUCCGCUUUUUCGCCGGCGCGUUCGGAUCAUCGCCGCUCGCCAACUCGGGCGGUGUCAUUGCCGACAUGUUCCCGGCCGCCGAGAGAGGCCUGGCGAUGGCCUUGUUCGCGGCAGCGCCCUUCCUGGGACCCGUUCUCGGGCCCAUCAUCGGCGGGUUUCUCGGGGCCGCGGCCGGCUGGCGCUGGGUCAUGGGUUUCCUGGCCGCCUUCUCGGGGACCUUCUGGCUUCUGGGCACGGCGUUGGUGCCCGAGACCUACGCCCCGUAUCUACUCCGCCAACGCGCCGCCAAGCUAUCCAAGAUGACGGGGAAGUGCUACGUCAGCAAGAUCGAGCACGAGCAGGGCAAAAUCAGCCUGGCCGAAUCCUUCAAGACCGCCUUGUCGAGGCCGUGGAUCCUGUUGUUCCGCGAGCCCAUCGUCCUGCUCCUGUCGCUUUACAUGGCCAUCAUCUACGGGACCAUGUACAUGCUCUUCGCGGCUUUCCCGAUCGUUUACCAACAGGGACGAGGCUGGUCGCAAGGAAUCGGCGGGCUCGCCUUCCUCGGCAUCAUGGUCGGCAUGAUUUUCGCCAUCAUGUACACCAUACCCGAGAACAGUCGGUACCAGCGAGUGCAAGAGGAGAACGGCGGAUUCGCGCCUCCAGAGACGCGCCUCAGAUCCGCCAUGGUUGGGUCCGUGGCCGUUCCCGUCGGGCUGUUCUGGUUUGCUUGGACGAACAACCCAUCUAUCCACUGGAUCGUCAGUAUUGCCGCCGGUAUUCCUUUCGGGUUUGGAAUGGUUCUGCUCUUCUUGAGCACCAUGAAUUAUCUCAUCGACUCCUACACCAUCUUCGCAGCGAGUGUGCUUGCCGCCAGCUCGGUCAUCCGCAGCUGCUUCGGCGCCGCGUUUCCUCUCUUCACCUCCUACAUGUACGAAGACCUCGGGACCAACUGGGCGUCUUCGAUCCCCGCGUUCCUAGCGCUCGCUUGCGUGCCCUUUCCGUUCCUAUUCUACAAGUACGGCCCGGCGAUCCGCGCUCGAUGCAAGUUUGCCGCUGAGUCAGAAGCCUUCAUGGCCCGGCUGAGGGAAGGGACGGUCUCGGAGAAGGAACCGGAGAACAGUCCCGCUACCGAGGCCGUGUCGGGCGACGCCGCUGAUCUCCCGACAUCUUCGGACGACGACUCCUCUGUGCGGCGGCAGGCUACGCGACGAACGAUGAGCAUUGCCUCCACGCGGCGGAAUUCAUACGACGGAAACCCGUAUGAUAUUGAUAGAGUACACACUAGGGAGUCGUUUGGCGUGAAAAAGAAGUGA